AGAUUUUGAGAUUCUUGAAAUUAUUAUUCUUUUUAUAAAAUUGAUUUGUAAAAAUUGAUAUAAAAUAAACAUAAUUUACAAACCAAAAUAUAACAAUUAUAUUAAUUUUAAAAUAACAAUUCUUCUUUCUUCCUUAACUCGAAAAUCGAAAGAUCAUCAUUUCGAUAUCUAACGAUUCUUUUAUCUAACGAUAUUUUUAAACUGCUUUUUCACAUCAUCCAACCUCUCCACACACACAAACAUACACAUACAAUAUGUCGAUUUCUUUAAUAUUAUGCCUUGUUUUUAUAUAUGUGUCUUUUAAUACAAUUGAAUUAUGCUUUAUUGGCAAUCAUGUUUAAAUUCUAUGAUAAUAAAAAGUUCCAUUUCAGAAAAUAUGAAAUAUAUCGAUUAAUAAUAUGUCGGUGGAACGUACUCCUUUAGAAUAUUUGAUAGGAGGAGCAGUUGGAGGCUUUUGUGUGGCAAUUGUUGGUCAUCCAUUUGAUACCAUUAAAGUUCGAUUACAAAUGGAACAAAAAGGAAAUAAAAAUAUGUAUCAUUUACUUAGAAAUUUCUUUAUAAAAGAAGGACCUUUGAGUUUAUACAAGGGUAUAUCAGCACCUUUGAUAACUGUCAUUCCAUUAUCGGCUAUGGGCUUCUUUUCUUAUGGUGCUGGCAAAUUACUUGUUUCUAAGCCAGAUCAAACAAAACUCACGGACAUACAAUUAUUAUUGUCAGGAAUGUUCAGCGGAGCAUGCACGUCAUUUAUAGCAGCGCCAAGCGAACGUAUAAAGUGUCUUCUUCAAGCACAAAGGGAUAUAGGAACGAAGAGGCAGUACAAAGGUUUCAUGGAUUGUAUGAAAAAAUUAUAUCAUGAAGGUGGAAUACGAAAUAUUUAUUUAGGUACCUGUGUUACUUUGUUACGAGAUGUACCAUCCUGCGGCACAUACUUUUAUACUUAUGAACGACUCAUGGGAAUUCUUCUAAACUCCUCUGAAGAAGUAAGCAAUAUUUUAAUGUAAAAACUUGGCCAAUUCAAAUGUUGCGGUUUGUUAUCAUUGAAACUUUUAUAAAUAUCGAUUAUUAAUUUUAUCAUUAUUCUUAUUAAGUGAAACAUAUUGGUAAUACUUUAUUUCACUCAUUUUAUGUAUACAUUCAUAUAUUAUAUAAUAAAUAUAUACGUUGUUU